UUACUAUUAGUUGUGAUCAGUGUUCUCUUGAUUAUUUUUGCCACCAUCGUUGUUUUCUUAAAAUUUGAGAACAUGAUUGUAAAAACGUUGAAAAUUGAAAUCAAAGAAUAGUAUUCAAAAUGUCUAUAUUAGUAAUAUCUCAGAAAUUGGUAAUUGGUAAAUUAUAUAACCUAUAUAUAUUAUAUAGAUUCCCAAGCACAAAUCCAAUAGACCGUGAUAAACUGAUAAAUAAUAUUAUGUUUCAGCUCUUGGUAGAAAAUACGGUAAAAAUUGAUAGUCUAUUAGGCAUAGACCUAUUAGGUUAAACCAUAGAUACCAUAGUUGCAGUGGCUGAUAAAGACAUAUCGGCGGCAACUUAUUCCCGAGUAAUAAACAAUAUUGACGAUAACGCAUGCUAUUAUUGCUGUUGUUUUCAGUGUUUUUUCCCGAAUUUGUGACAUUUUAAUUUGUGGUGUUUUUACUCAUUUGCACUAUUUAAGAUAUCUCCAAAUUCAAGAACCCGUAUUUAUACCUAUUAUAAUAAUUAGUAUUUUCUUAUGUAAUUAUUAUUCUUAAAAAAAAAAAUAAUAACUCUUGUUAUCCACUAGUGGCACUAGUUAUUGAGCGUAUCGCCUUGCCAUGUUAUACUUAGAAGAUUAUCUGGAAAGUAAGUUUAUAAUUGUUUUUAAUAAUAACGCAAUUAAUUUUCUUAAUUAUAUAUUAUUAAAAUAAAUAAUGUACUAGGUACCAAAUCACCCAGUUUGGGGAAUAAUUAAUAAUAAAUAAAUAAAUUCACUAUGUUUUAUUUUGUUUAAGACAUUGAACAUUUGCCGCAAGAGAUGAGAAAUCGCUUCACUGAAAUGAGAGAAAUGGACUUGCAAGUAGAAAGUACAUUUAUAUAAUUAUAUAACACACCUAUUUACUUUACUUCUAAUAUAACUAUUGGUUUUUUUUACUAUACAGUCUAUAAUUAUUCAUCAAUUAUAGUCAUAAUUAUUAAAUUCCAUAAGUUUGUUAUUUCAGUUGUAAUAUUGUUAUAAUACUUAUAUUACCUUUAAUAAUAUAUGAACAAUAAUGACAUAAAAGUUUAAUGUAUAUCAAUUUCUUUUCAGAUUCCAUGGACUGUAUAAAAAAAAAUGUAGAUAAUUUAUUUUCAAAAGCAGACAAAAUGAAUCCAGAUGAAUUAGAAACUAGUUUUAAUUUGAUUAUGAAAGAAGGCGAAAAAUCUGUUGAACAAUCUGGUUAUAAUUUUUUAUUGUUGUUUUUUUAGUAAUACCUUAAUUUAAGAAGAAUUUUUAUUAAUUUUAGAAGAAAAAGUUCAAUUAGCCAAUCAUAUGCAUGAACUUAUGACAAAAUACAUGAGACGAUUAGAUCAUGAAUUACACAAAUUUAAAAUGGAAUUAGAAGCCGACAAUAGUGGUAUCACUGGACUUAUUGAAAAAAGUAAAAAUUGUAUACUUAUAUGGUUUUUAAUUUUUAAUGUUAUCUUUUUUUUAAUACAUUUAUGUAAAUCAUAUUUUAAAAUUAAUUUUAAUUUUAGGAAGUUUAGAUUCAGAACAAAGUAAUACUACCAACCAAAAAGAAAAUAAAUUUCAAUUGAGCAGAUGUCUUUUUGGAGGUAAGUAGUAAAUGCGUGGAACUAUUUCAAUUGCAUAAUAUUUCCUUCUUUGCAUUUUCAGUUGAGUUUAAUAGUGUGUAUUGAGAAGUAUUUGACCCCUCCCUUAAUUAUAAAUACCAUGUUAUAAUUUGUGUAAUAAAAAAAAAAAUAGUAUGUAUGGAUACAAUUAAUUUACAGCAAUAAAAAAAUGAUAUUUUCAUCCUAAAAUUUGUUCAUGUGUACAUUGUUUAAAAUUGUUUAAUAAAAUAAAUUUUAAAAUACAUUCAUGUUAAAAUUUAAAGAAAUGUAUAUGUGUAUAUAUAUAUAGAGUGAGAUAUUUAAUUGGCUACACAUAAUAUUUCAUGAGGUAUUAAAAACCAAAAGUAGGUAGUUAUUUCAUCCCCCAUAAAUAAUAUUAAUGUAACAUUUUAGAACCCCUUAUUUCACUUAAAUUAUUUUUAAAAAAAUACAUUAUCUUUUUUUAAGUCAAUACUUUUUGAAAAAUUUCAAGUGUAGUCACUUAAUAUAUUAUAUGUAUCAAAUUUUUGUCUAUAUGAAAUUGCUAGUCAUAGUUUAUUUUGAAUAAUCAAUUGGCAUUUAGUCCAAAAAUGUUAAAACAUAAUAAACUAAAUAGAACAUUGUUUCUUCAAUUUUCAUUAAACUUCAUAUAGAUAUGUUGAGUAUAAUUUCAAAGCUUAAUUGUCUUAAUAUGUACUUAUAAACCAAUUUAAUAUUAAAAAUAACAAAUUAAUACAUUUAUUUUACUUCAAAUAUUUUACAGACAAACAAGAAGCUUUAAACAAUGUUGGCAGUUCCAAGCAAAAAUCAACGUCAGUAGCUUCGAAUUCUGCUAGUAGUGGAGAGGUUGCAUCACCUUCACAACGUGAUACAAGUCCUGCUAAUUCUCGAGUAGUUUCAUCUUCAUUAGCCUAUACGUUGGGCCACAUGGGGGCAGGUAGUCCAGCAAUUGCUGCAGCUGCAUCCCAAGCAAUUGUUGCUACUCAACAGGUAUAAUUAAAACUUGUUGGUUAUAACAUUGAAUAAAAUUAACUAAAAAAAAUUCAAGUUUUAAGUGCCUUAAAUAAUACAAGUUAUACUGUAUGCAAUUAUUACUAAACUAUGCUCCCUUCCUUAACUGUGUUGUCCAUUAAAUAAUCAGUAAGAUUAAAAUUAAAAAUAAACUAUUGACAAUUAUUUAUUCAGGAAUUAAGAGAUUAUCGGUUUACUUGCAAUAUUUCUUGGUCCGUUAGAAUGAAAAACAUUAUCAUCUCAGAUUUAAAAUGUUAAAUAAAUCCCUGGUUAAUAAAUCUAUGGUUGAUUAAACAAAUAAAAAUUAAAAAAUAUAACCUCCUUAAUGAUAAGACUUCAUGCCAUUAACAAUAAUUUUAUUCCUAUGUCUUCUUUUCUAAUGAAACAAAAUGUAUUUAAAAUUCACAAAGUAAGAUGAGUUGAGAUGAACUUGUAUGGUUAAUCUUAUUCAUGUUAUUAUAUCAUAAUUGUGUUUAUUUCAGUUAUCUCAAGGCCGUAGGACAGCCAGUCUUAAAGCAUCUCUUGAAGCAAUUCAUUCUGGAGCCCCUUUAACAGGCCAGAUGAGUACUACUUCAGGUAUACUACCAGCAGAAUUGCCUAUUAGCAAAGAAUUAGCAGGUGUUGCACAUUUAGUUAAUCCUAAUAUAGAUGGAUCACGGAAACAUAGGAGGUAACUCAACAAAAACAAACUUAAUCGUUGAAAUUUAUAAUUAUUGGUUUGGGAAUAUCAUUUAUUUUAGACGAGGCGGAACUCAAAAUUCACAAAUGUCAACUGAAGAAGAUGUAGACGAACCGAUUGAUCCAAACGAACCUCGUUAUUGUAUAUGUAAUCAAGUAGCCUAUGGUACAAUGGUUGCUUGUGAUAAUAAAGGAGUAAUUAGAGAAAAAAUUAUAUUAUAUUAUAUCAAUACACUAAAAUAUAGUUUUUCAUGUAUAUUUAAAUUUCUAAUAUUCUUUAAUAUAGUGUCCGUAUGAAUGGUACCAUUGUGAAUGUGUUGGUAUAACUGAUCCGCCAAAAGGAAAAUGGUACUGUCCCCAGUGUAUUACAACAAUGAAGAGUCGAAGAUCACGAAAAACUACAUAAAUUGUUAAUAAGAAAAACAAACUAUAAAUAAGUACUUAUUUAUUACAUUUAUUUUUUAUAAAUAUAAUUGUAUCCAAUUUUUUUUAUUUGUAGAAAAAGGGUCUUAAUAACACAAAAUAUUUUAAUUGGUUCAAAUAAUCCUUAUUAUAUAAAUAAAAUAUAAUUUUAUAAUAUUAUUUAUGUUGGUAAUUAUUUUUACUUAAUAGUUACUAUAUAGUGUAUGC